CAUUUAUCAUUAAAUGAUUGUACCUGUUGUUUUAGAAAACGACCUUGAACACUUUUUCCGUUGUAAUUCUAACAUGGCGUGACACACUUUCGGUUGUUCGCAAAUACACUACUACGCACAUACCCAUUGUUCUAUUCUCGCUCGUUACCAAGUCAAUUGCGUUCUAAACUGGAUAUUAUCCACAUUUUAGACUGCUGUGCCAUUUCCAUUAUAUCCUACGUCAAAGAAACUUAUUGGCGUCAUAUUUACCUCUGUGGAAUUAUUACUCAUUUAUAAUUGUGGAUUUUUGGGACCAAAACUCAACAGAAUACGCAACGACUAGCUGAUUUAAACCUUGUGAUAUUCUGAAAAAGUGUAAUGAAACUGGCAUUCGUAACUGGGUCAAACAAAGGCAUUGGAUAUAGCAUUGUUGAAAAGCUUGCAGAAUUUUAUGGGACAUCAGGAGAGUGGGAUAUUUAUCUAACAGCUCGAAAUGUUGAGCUUGGUCAGGAAGCUGUGGAGAAGCUCAGUAACAAGGGCCUGGAUGUUAAAUUUCAUCAACUAGAUAUAACUGAUCGAGAUAGUCGAAAAGCGUUCCUAACAUUUGUAGAGAGAAACUAUCCUAAUGGAAUCAACAUUGCAGUGAAUAAUGCUGGAUUUGCCUACAAAGUUAACUCCACGGCUCCCUUUGGCGAGCAAGCACGAGUUACGGUGAACACCAACUUCACAUCAACCAUUGAUUUCAUGGAAGAGUUCAUUCCUUUGUUGGCUAAACAUGCUAGGGUUGUCAAUGUAUCUAGUUCUGUUUCUCUAACCAGUCUCAAGAAACUUAGUGAUGAUCUUUACGAAAAGUUCGUUAGUCCAAUCAAUCUUUUGGAACUUCGAAAGCUCGUCUCCGAGUUUGUUAAGUCCGCUGAGGAUGGUACUUAUUCUGAAAAAGGUUGGCCACAAAAUGCUUAUGGUGUGUCUAAAAUAGGCCUUACAAAGGCUUCAUUUAUUUUCGGUGAAAUGCUGAAAGAUGAUCCAAGAGGGAUUGUGAUAAAUUCGUGUUGUCCUGGCUAUUGCGAUACUGAUAUGACUAGUCACAAGGGAACCAAAACAGCUGAUGAGGGUGCUGAUACACCUUUUUACUUGGCCACUUUACCUAUUGAAUCAAAGGAACCAAUUAAUCAGUUCGUUUACGAAAGGAAGGUGGUCAGGUGGUCUAAAUGAUCUUCAGGCCAAUUUUACUUUUCUCGGGAAUGUAAACAGAAUGUUAUUGACUAGUUGUACUAUUUCGCAAUCUGAAUCACAAUAUUUUCUUGACGUGAUUCCUCUACUAGUAGUAAUUUUUCUUACCUAUUACUGCGUUUUCCCUUGGUACCUCACGUGUUAUCAUAGGAUUUAUAAUUUUAUGAGUUUAUCUAAUUCGUUUCAGUAAGAUUCAUCCUCAUAUUAAGAGUUCAUUCCGGCCGAUGCAUAUAAUUUCAGUGUGUUUUUACGUGGUGUAUGUUAUUUCUUGACUGUAUGUGGUCGUUUGAACAUCUGUAUUGCCAUUUGAGCAGGAUUCGUACUACUUAACGGUGUUAAUACACAGACGAUGCAACCAUACAGAUCGGCUAAUAACCUAAUCUUUAUGAAAUAGAUGUCCAACCGUGUUGUUCAUCGAUCACGUGAUAUUUUUGAGUUCUUGAUUUAGUGACUCGCUUUUAAGGUAUAUUAUCUUUAUUUAGAGUGCGUUUACUAUUGGAUAACGUGGACCAGGUAUGUGUCACGCAAACGAAGAUAUUUUAUAACACAUUCUCCAAAAUUUUUCCUUACUGUUUGGAUUUUGUUUCUUCACUGGCCAUCCAGUCGGUAAUCAUCAUUACAUGGACGUUCAUCCUGAAAACUCAGGGCUCCAAGUAGCAUCACAAUAUUUCACGAAUUAUUUUCAAUGAGGCAGUUCACUGAAAGUCAAAACAAAUCACUUAUGGUAUUGUAGCUUACAUCAGAAUGCUAAUAAACGAAGUUUGCUAAGGGACGUUACUGACAAAGCCAGUUUCUUUUCACAUUGUUUAGAUCAUUCGACCUAAAAAAAUGAACUGUUUUUGAGGAUCCAGUUACUUUGUACUCGCUACACUCUAGUGCGCUAGGUGACGCUAGCGAAGCCUAGUGUCAAUACUACAUAGAGUUUCGUGGGACUAGUUUUCCGAACCAUCCGAUGGAGAGCAAACUUAUAAUGCUACUCCAGAAUUGGGAGUUAAGGUUCCUGGUUUAACGAAAAACGAUAAUGAAACUUUCGAAUGACAGUGAAACUUAUCUGUUUCCCGGUUGCGGUGUUUUUACUGACUGAUGAUUCCUUCGUACUUAAGUUGCGUUAUUUCUGGGAUUCCUAGCUUUUACUAUAAUUCAAAUAUUCCUAAUUAUCACAGAUAACAAACACUGUAAUUAGGAUUUUAUGAAGUUAAGUGUUUCUAACGAUCGGCAAUUUCGAAGGGCGUUUCCCACAUCUAUAGGCGAUCAUAUAUCUCUCUUCGUUUGUUUCAUGACUUUUUGCUGACACAGGGAGCACAGAAUCUAUUCAUUCAAAUAGUUUGUUAUUGAUUGUAAUUCCUCAUACAUGAUUUGUAUGUCUGUUUACUAAACAGGAUGUCACUACUGGGAUCAAAGAAUUUGAAAAGGCUUAAGUUACGUUGCCUUCAUUAGCUUCUUCAGAAGAUUUUGGUGCUUUACUUAAAGGUUUGAUAGUUGUGUGCAAUAAAGACAGUGGAUGGACUAAAAUCUAGCCUAUAAAACUAUAAGUACAGGAUGCUCCAGUCUUUCUUAGUGAUAUGAAUGAAUGAUGCGAAAUUGCAUCUUUUUUAUUUAGUGUGAU